CGGGCAGCACCCGCCCGAGCCAACUUGGGCCAGACUCGGGCCCGCCCCUUAAGGGGUUAAACCUUUUCUCAUGUUACCGAGCGGCUUAUAAGAAGGGGGAGGCCAAGCCUCCGCCUUAUUGAGAACCUUUUGGGGUUUAUUCUCUUCCCUUCUAACUUGAUUUUAAAAGAAUGACCCAAAAGAAAGCAAGGGUUUGUUUCAGAGCCAACGUGUACACUGAAGUGCCUGACGGAGGAUGGGGCUGGGCAGUAGCGGUUUCCUUCUUCUUCAUUGAAGUCUUUACCUACGGUAUCAUCAAGUCAUUUGGUGUCUUCUUUAAUGACUUAAUGGACAGUUUUGAUGAAUCCAAUAGCAGGAUCUCGUGGAUAAUAUCGAUAUGUGUGUUUGUCUUGACAUUUACAGCUCCCCUCGCCACGGUCCUGAGCAAUCGAUUCGGACACCGUCUGGUGGUGAUGCUGGGCGGCGUGCUGGUCAGCACCGGGAUGGUGGGCGCCUCCUUUGCACACGAGGUCUGCCACAUGUACAUCGCCAUCGGCGUCGUCUCUGGUUUGGGCUGCUGCUUUAGUUUUCUCCCUACGGUCACCAUUCUGUCACAGUACUUUAGCAAGAGACGCUCUGUGGUCACCGCAGUGGCUUCUACAGGAGAAUGUUUCGCUGUGUUUGCGUUCGCACCAGCAAUCAUGGCUCUGAAGGAGAGCAUCGGCUGGAGAUACAGCCUCCUCUUUGUGGGUCUGCUACAGCUGAACAUUGUCGUCUUUGGAGCACUGCUAAGACCAAUUAUUAUCAGAGGACCAGGGUCGCCAAAAAUAAUCCCCCACGAAAACCGGAAAGAAGUGCAAUACAUGCUUGAAAAUGAGAAGACACGAACCUCAAUAGACUCCAUUGACUCAGGAGUGGAACUAACUACCUCACCUAAAAAUGUGCCUAGUCACGCGAACGCGGACCUGGAGCUGAAGGCCGACAUGCAGCAGAACCUGGUGAAGGCGAGCGCCAAGCCGAGCGAUCAGAAAGCCCCUCUGUUAGACUUCUCCAUUUUGAAAGAGAAAAGUUUUAUUUGUUACGCAUUAUUUGGUCUCUUUGCAACACUGGGAUUCUUCGCACCGUCCUUGUACAUCAUUCCUUUAGGCAUCAGUCUGGGCAUUGACCAGGAUCGUGCUGCUUUUUUAUUAUCUGCGAUGGCGAUUGCAGAAGUGUUUGGAAGAAUCGGAGCUGGCUUUGUCCUCAACCGGGAGCCCAUUCGUAAGAUCUACAUUGAGCUCAUCUGUGUCAUUUUACUGACUGUGUCUCUGUUUGCCUUCACGUUUGCUACUGAGUUCUGGGGUCUCAUGUCUUGUAGUGUGUUUUUUGGGUGUAUGGUUGGAACAAUAGGAGGAACCACAUUCCACUGCUUGCUGAAGAUGAUGUCGUGAAUUGAAAAGAUGUCUUCUGCGGCCGGGGUCUACAUCUUCAUCCAGAGCAUAGCAGGACUGGCGGGACCACCCCUUGCAGGUCUGCUGGUGGACCAAAGUAAAAUCUACAGCAGGGCCUUCUACUCCUGCGCAGCUGGCAUGUUGGUGGCUGCCGUGUGCCUCGCCCUGGUGAGACCGUGUAAACAGGGACUGUGCCAGCGCCCGCAUUCAGGUGAAACAAAGGCGGCGAGCCAUCGUGGGAAGGCUUUGCAAGACAUACCCGAAGACUUUCUGGAAAUGGAUCUUGCGAAAAGUGAGCACAGAGUUCACGUGCAGAUGGAGCCAGUAUGA